AGUAUGUUAAAAACGCUUAUGUGAAAUCGUUCUAUUCUAAGCAGUUUCYAUCACUUGGUUCCUGUGAAUGUGAGAUCGGAAUACUUUGGAACUCAACAUCAAAGGCAUUUUGUACAUCAGCCUUAUGAAGGAUCUUCCUCAAGAGAAGCAAAAUGAGAAGGAGAAUGCUCAAGAAUCCAACAAUAGCUUCAAAAAGUCUCUAAAUCUUGCAUAUUUUCAGGAUCCUAAASAUGAUCAUCGACAGGACAAGGAAUUAGUUUCGUAUUUGUACGAACCAAAUGAUAAAGAAGAUGAUGUUUCAAAUCAAAUCCCGAAGAAACAACGUGAAAAGUGGAGCAAAUUUGCUUUUUGGUUAUCCAUCUUUUCGAUGUUUGUUUCUAUAUUGUUCAGCCUGGCUUCUUUUCUCGUCUCAUACCAAACAGAUAGUUCUUCAGUAUUUGCUAGCGCCUUUGAUGCUCUGUUGGGGACUGUGAGCUCACUCGCUGUAGCUUGGAGGUUCAGGGAUUUGCUCAACGGUGGUACACGUGGUCGCAAGAGAGAACGAAUCGCUACCAUUGG